GAAUCCAAACUAGAACGUUUGAAGCAUUCAAAAAACCCAUGCUCAAAGGAGAUGAUCAGAUCCCUGCAAGCUGCUAAGGAAGGAACAGUCAAACAACUUGUUGUUACAAGUCAGGAUUUGAUCAUAGACGACGGUAUAAAUGAAGCUGAAAUGCAGUCAAACACAGUAGUGCGACGUAUGUUUCCUGAACAACCGCGCACUAUGGAAGAAAUGCAGUGUCUAGUAGAAAAUGAUUACCUUAACAAAUACUCACAAGAAUUGAAGGCCUCGCAAAAGAGAAAGAUGUUGCAAAGGAGCAAGUCAUGCGCGACCUGAUUUGACGCUUCCUCAUUUUACUUUGUUGAUCACGCUGUUGUUAUGUCAUGGAUUAUGUGAAUUCUCUCAGGUAGAGAUACGCUGUUUGCGUCAUGACGGUAUUGUCUAGAGUAUUUUUAAAAGUUCUAGUUUUGUUGUCAUCAGGCUUCUUAUAGCAAAAACAAAGAAUUAUGUGCAAUGAAUACAAAUUUUUUAGGUCAGAUGUUUCAAAAUUAGGAGGGAAUGAUCCCCCUUCUCAAAUUGGGUCAUGCUAAUUUGUUUUAAAUCCAGCUCAUGAUUGCAAAAGGUUUGUUUUUAUUACAAAAGCUGAAAUGCUAAACUUGGAUUUAUUAAUUAAAUGUAUAUGUCUGAUUUAUUCCUGACUGCUAAAAAUCUGUAUUGUAUAUCAGAUGAAUGGUUUCAAUUGUUUUUUUCUUACUUUAUAUUUGUAAUAAAGAAUUAAAUUUACAAUAUUUUAUUUUUUAUUAAUUGAUUCAUUCAUUGAUUAAAAUAUUAUAUUUGUAAUUAUGUGUUUGAGGCACAGAUGUCAGGUCAAAAAGUCAAAUCAAAACAUAUCCGAGCAAAAUAUAAUCAUAUGAACCAAUAGAUUAGUCAACAACUAAGUAACCAAAAAUCCAAAUAAAUACAAAAUAAGUCUAGGGCCUAGAUGGCAUUAUUAUACUGUAGAUUUUAUAUUUAAGGACAAAACAACUAAAGGUAAAUUAGCUUAUCGUCGUAGAUCAAAAUAUACUAAGUCUUUCACUAUUUGUGGCUGCAUUCCAUUUUAACUGUUUGUUUUUUAAUUUUCAUAUUUCAUGUUCGAUGUCCAUUAACUCCUCGAUGUACAAUUACAUUGGUUUAUAUGCUGUUUUUACUCUAAUGUGCUGUAAUCAGCUUUUAUCAUUAAGGGAUCAUCUAUAAUUAUCAACAUUUUCAAAAGAGUACAAAACAUACUCUUUUCUGUUACCCCCUCCC